GUCCUCUUCUUCUUCUCUCCUCCACAGUGGAAGCAGCGGGGGUAGCAGCAGCAGGGAGAACAGCGGCAGCAGCGGUAUUGGCAUUCCCAUCGCCGUGCCUACACCCUCCAUCCCCAACUCUGGACCAGUACCGCCAAUGUUCGCUCCUCCGGGGGCCCCACCCCCCCCUCCUCCUCCUCUUCCUCCUCCCGCUCCUCCCAUGGCCGGGCUCGGCCCCCCACCACCACCACCACCACCACCACCUCCUCCACCUAUAGUGGUGGCCCCUGGGCCUGGUCUGGGACCCGCUCCAAUGUCCCAGUUUGGAACCAUCUCGCGGCAGAUUUCGCGGCACAACCCCUCCAACUCCUCUGUCUCUAUGGUUUCGGCCACGGGCACGUACCGCCGGGCGCCGUCGGUCACUUCCCAGUUCUCCUUGCAGCAGCAGCAGCAACUACAGCAACAACAACUACUACUACAGCAGCAGCAGCAGCAACAACAACAGCAGCAACAGCCUCAUAUUAAUGGAGGCACUCAUGGCUACGGCCAGAACUCAAUGUCUAUCGCUCCUCCUCCUCCCCCCAUGCCCCAGCUGACUCCACAGAUACCUCUGACUGGCUUUGUGGCCAGGAUGCAGGAGAGCAUUGCAGAUACUCCUACUCCACCUCCCCCUCCGCCUCCAGACGACUUGCCCCUGUUUGACGACUCUCCUCCACCUCCUCCGCCUCCUCCAGUUGAUUAUGAGGAGGAGGAUGCUGCCGUGGUGCAGUACAGCGACCCCUACGCUGAUGGAGACCCCCAGUGGGCCCCCAAGACCUACGUCGAGAAAGUGGUGGCCAUCUACGACUACAGCCAGGACAAGGACGACGAGUUGAGUUUCAUGGAGGGCUCGAUCAUCUACGUCAUCAAGAAGAACGACGACGGCUGGUAUGAGGGCGUUGCCAACGGCACCACGGGGCUGUUCCCCGGCAACUACGUGGAGUCCAUCAUGCACUACGCCGACUGAAGCAGUAACAGUAAAGUCUAUUUAUUCAGUCACAUCAUAAUCCACUGAGAGACUGACCGCCGCAACCUUGACUCCCGAGACGCGUAGACAUAACUGUAUGAUCCCCUUUUGAUAUGACAGAAUGUUCUUUCCCUUACUGAUUGCAAAUAAAAUGAAAAGUAAUAUCUAUUUAGUUUAUUUUGGUGUUAUAUGGGUGGGGUUGGGGACAUUUAUUGAAUAGUGUAAAAAAGAAAAAGAAAAAAAUUGGACUGAUCAUGCCCGUUGAACUCAAAGACGAUGGUCACACAGCUGAAGGAUGUACGACAUCAUCUUGCCUGGACAAAAAAAAGGAGAUUCAGAAGUGAAUGCUUUCCGAACAAGAGUAUUAGGUUUUGAUGGAACAAAUCAAAUGUAAAACACCUUCAGUGGAAGUGUUUGUACUGUCAGUUGUAUAUAUUGUGAGCUGCAGCCACUUGAGUUUCUGUAAUGUGAAUUCAGUGAAUGUCGAUUAUAUGAUAGUUUUCAUUAGUGGCGCCCUCCUCGACUCAACAAGGCUCAUUGGUCAAAUAAGACAGCCGGUCAAUAAUUUACAAAUUGAAAUACUGUAUAUGGUAUUUCGAAGACAAUUACUCCUGAAAAUCUUGGCGUUGAAAGCAUGCAACAUUUUAAGAGAUAUAAUGUAAUCUUAAGUUUAUUGCUUCCAUAAUGUUGUAAAUGUAUUCACCUUUCAUUUUUAUUACACUGUUGAAAUCACUGAACUGUUUUUAGAGUGACGUAAGUUUCAGGCAUCGGAUAUUAACAUAAAAUUGACUUUUUCAUCUGUUUAAAGCAAGAGAACACAUUUCAUUGUUUGGCUUAACAAGCAUUCAAAGAUUGUCACGUCACUGUUAAUUAGUUAAUAAUAAUCCUUGUAAAAAAAACCUGUAGGAUCUAUUGGUAACUGGCUAUAAUGGACUAUGAUAGACAACGGAUAAUGUGCAGUGAUUUUUAGGCUGGAAUAGAUGCAUGACACUGCCAUGACAAUUCAAAUGUAAUGCAGACCAAUA